AUGUGUUUUGCCUGGAAGUUUAGAAUGAGCUCUCCAGAGAGGUCUAUGGGCUUACUCCAGGAACCUCAUGAGAACUUACCUCACGGCUGCUCAGUUUCUAUCCUUGAAGGGACUGCAAACAUUGCCAUGAACGACCCUGUUUUGCAUUCGCCAAGUACUCCAAUUAUCAAAACAGAACAAAAUAUUUUCGAGGAGUCGACAUCGAUCCCCCAAAAUAAAAGACUUCACUCCUCCGCCUUUGAUUUGGAUGAAGCGUAUGGAGACCUCGAACCGCAGAAUAUCUCGAAAAACUCUUCUCCAGGCCCUCGGGAAUCUUCUCCUAGCCUAUUCGUUCCAGAAGACAAUGCUGCGACCACUCAUCUUCCGGACGACCAAGACGAAGUCUUAGCGAAGGCUUUACGCGCCGAGCUUGAUGAUGCUCCUACAUCAAAGCUUUCUUGCAAACAGAAAGUCGCGCGAAAGAAAGGAGGGAAGUCGAUGCACGAAUCGCGGCUGGUGCAGCGAGAAAAGGCUAAGAAAAAAACCGAGAACAGCAGUCCUGCAAGAAAGAAACAGAAGAAAUCGGAAGUCCUAGACGCAAACUGCGAUGGUUCUGAAACUAUCACGCGACUUCUUCAACAUGACCCGACUUUUGCUGUUCGCCCCAAAAUUGCAAAGGCACCCGAUUUCCUGGCCUCAAACAGAAAGACACAACUUUCAAUGCAGAAGAAAUUCCGCCCAGAGAAAGCAGAUAUCAAACAAUUUGGGAUAGAUCAGUCUGCGUUGAAAAAGUCGCUAUCCUAUCUAGGGCGCCAUCAUGUACGCAUUCAGAAUGAUAAGUAUCUAAUGAAGGGUAUGAAAACUGCACUAUAUGCUCACCAAAUGAUUGGAGUGCAGUGGAUGAUCGAGCGAGAGAAUCCAACUGAUAUUUCUGGGGGUCCCAGAGGGGGAAUUCUUGCGGAUUCUAUGGGUGUUGGAAAGACUUUGCAAGCUCUCGCUCCUCCACCUGACGAUGUCUCGCAAGAUCGAAAGAUCACACUCAUCGUAGUACCGUCUGCUUUGAAAUUGCAAUGGUUGAAGGAGAUAAAGAAACAUGCAGGUCCUCUAAAGGUUAUGAUCUACAAAGCUUCUUUGAAGUUAGAGCUUUGGCAAAUAACGGAUUGUGAUAUCAUGAUCACUUCUUGGAAUGAAGUCUCGGCUAGUUGUCCUUAUCCAGACGCUACAAUUAUUAACGAGCUUCGUGGGCGUACUGAGAGCCGAAAGAAAAAAGGGAACCCGGAAGAAGACGAAUCCACUCCGAUCGAAGAAUGGAUUGAACAGCACCGCGAAGAGGGAGGACUUUUGCAUCAGAUCAAGUUCCAUCGAGUUAUUCUUGAUGAGUCUCAUAACAUGAAGAAUCAUCUUUCUCGCCGAAGCUUAGCUGCAUGUACGCUGAUGACAGAUCGGCCUUGGGCGAUGAGUGGAUUGACAUCGAGCAAUGAACUGGAUCAGCUCCUCUGCAAAACAAUGUUACACCGAAAGCCAACAGACAUUUUCCUUGGGCGGCCAAUUGUUGACUUACCAGACGCACACGAAUACAUUCGCAUACUUGAGCAUGGCCGUGAAGAGAAACUUCUCUACCGUGCUUUCGAGGAUCGACUUCGAGAGCUUAUGAAUGAGUAUCUUGAUCCAGAGAAGGCCACUGACGAGCAAAAGAAUUUACAUGGAGAGGCAAAUAAAGGUACAGCUGCCCUGGAAGUCAAACACCUCAAAGGCCUGGAGAAGAAACUUCUUGCUUUGAACUCUCCCGAAGAUAUUACAAUUCUAAACAAAGUGCAAGACUGGAUAAAAGAAAAGGAACUAGCAGAGAGAAGACCUGCAUGGCAGAGCGCAAACGAAGCUAUCGACGCACAAAAAGAAGCCCAGUGUUCUCUUUGCUUUGAGUCUGCAGACCAGUUUCACAAGGUUACUAUCAAGAAAUGCAGUCAUAUUUUUUGCGACGAUUGCAUGGACAAUGAGAUUGCAAGCCUGGAGGGAACUGAUCCUGAUUGCGAAGGCGUGAUUUUGUGUCCUAAGUGCGAUACUCCGUUCGAACCGGCAAAACAUCUUAAACCUUGGAGUCCAAAGAAUAGCCGGAGAAAUCCAACAGUGCACCGAAAAGGCAAAGACUUCUUGCAGUUCCACCCGAAAAUAACAUCGUAUACCUGGGCGGAGAAAUACGACCGAGGAAUCCCAAUUAUGAAAAGCGCCAAAACGCAGGAAAUGACGAUGAUCAUAAAGACACUGCUGACCGAGACCCCCGAAGAGAAAAUCAUCAUCUUCACCCAGUGGAGAGGUUUUGCGGCAAUCGCUGGUCGAAUGCUUGAAGAGAUGGGCUGCCAAUUUGUCUAUUUCACGGGCGACAAAGCUCCAGAAAAGCGUAAUAUCGCGGUGAACACUUUCGAAAGUGACCCAAACGUUAACGUUAUGAUUGCUGGUCUUGGCUGCGGUGGUGUUGGCCUCAAUCUUGCGUUUGCAAAUCGAGUAAUCAAUAUCGACUUGUGGUGGAACGUCUGCCUAGAACAACAAGCAUUCGGUCGAGUUCAUCGUAUGCCCCAACAACGUGAGACGCAUUUUGCGAAGCUUAUUGUCAACAAUACUAUCGAUUCGCGUAUUUACGAAAAGCAGCUCGAUAAGCAGUCCAUCAUUGACCCGAAAAUGAAAAAAUUAACGAAAUACGAGAUGGCUUCUCUUCUUGGAAAGGUAGUUACAGACGAGAACGGUAGAAAGCGAGUUGUUUCAGACUAUGAUGACGAGAAGGACGAGCAUAGUGCUGGGAAUGGUCAUGACAACGACGACGAUAUCCCCAUAUACGACUUAGGUUCCGACUCCGAUGAUGAGGACUACCGGGAGCUCUGA